AUGUCCACAGCGGGCGUGCUCCCCAAUCCUGCAUCCGUUUCGAGUGUUGUCCUCGAGAGGGGCACUCCCCCGCUGACCGGGUUCACGCAACCUCCGUGUAUAAAACUUCCUCCGGAAAUCCUGUCGAAGGUCUUCCUCAUCCACUUGGCGCGUCUCCGCGACGAGCAUCUUCACAACCUCUUGGACCCGUGGCGCGAUGGUCCGACCUCGCGAUACUACAAAUGGAUUCUUGUCACACACGUGUGUCGCUAUUGGCGGGAUGUCGCCCACAACUACGCGAAGUUGUGGACCUUCGUGGCGCUGCAACCCCGCACUGUUCCCGGGGUCCUCCAUCCCGAUGUUCUGCAGCGGGCAGGUAGACUCAACCUCUCCAUCGUCUACCACCAGACCCGGAGUCCUACCCGCGAGGGCAAGGCAUGGCGUACUCCCGCUGUUGCGCAGAUCCGCCAUCUGCUGCCCAGGAUCCGGGACCUUUACCUCGUCCUCGACGACACCGAUUGCACUGCGGGCGAGCUCUGCGGUGCCUUAAAGCGACCGGCGGAAAAUCUCAGAUCCCUCCAUAUUGCUUUCGGUUCUGAAGCACCAUGCCAGAUCGUCGCGCAAAACCGCGAAAUCCCGCCGGUCCUCUUCGAUUACCAGCUACCCAUGCUCCAUACACUCACAAUCUCAAACGGGGACUUCGCGUGGAACAACUCGCUCUUCCGUCCCUCCAUUCGGCACCUCGAGAUCAUCCAUCGCAAGCGUCUGGAGCCUGCUGCCGUGGGAAUACGGAUGUUCCUCGAGAUGUUGACCACCUUGCCGCUUCUCGAGACUCUCAUCACCGACUCGGUACCCGAAUACAGCCCUGUAGACAUCAUUGUCGACCUUCCCAAUCUGCGCUUACUCGACAUCCGAGGAGCCAUGAGGAAGACGGGAGCCUUACUCUCCCAGCUGCGCUUCCCGUCAUCCACCACGAUAUCAGUCGGUAUUUUGUCCUAUGAGACAGGCGAGAUUCGCAGCAGCGAACUCGAGCCCCUGACGCACGCCCUGCGCGCGGUCCUCCUCGACGAACCACUUCACACGAUCAACUAUGCCGUCGUGGCUCCUGGCAGUAGUACUCCGGUGCCUGAGACUUGUCGUGCUUGGGCCGGUGAGCCGGCAGCCGUAGAGGGACUCAACCCUGAUAGUCCCCCACGGCUCGUCUUGACCGGAGACGGCGUUCACACCUUACCUCCCGUCCUGCGCAGUCUCGAUCUCUCGCAUUUACGGAAUGUCCGCAUUUCGGGCCUCGCGCCGUCUACCACUCCCUGGUCUACCUGGUUGGAGGGAGUCCCAAAAGGUGUGCAUCUUCGCCUUGAGGAACGCGCCUCAUCAGCUGGGAUCGUCGCCCUCGAUGAUGUCCUCGGAGGGGGUCAUCAACGACGCUAUCCCGCCAGAAACCCGCCGAUCUCAAACGGUGUAGCGUCCGCGCCUCAGGCACUCGAGUUCAAGUGGCCCGAGGAGCUAUCAAAAAAGCCACGGGACGCGUCGAGGAUGCGGCUAUCGAGCCUCCUGAACCCGCUCUCGGGCGAUCCGAAACCUGCAUCCUAUGAAUGGACUUUGCCCCCGGUACAGAUCGAGGGUGACGUUCACCGUGCAGCGCGGCUUGAGGUCCCAGUGGGUGGCAGAUGCCACACCUGCGGUGUCGCUGCUGAACCGAGUUCCAGCAAAAGUCUCCCCUUUCCCCCAGGCGACACAAGAGAGAUUCACGAGUUUUUCUGA